ACAACACCAGCAGCGAGUCAGAAAACCGUCCGGAUAGAGCCGGUCCAUGACCUCGAAAGCAUCUUCACGAUGGCAGACACAGCAUUGCCCAUUGAACAUGAAGACUCCAUCUCGUCGCAGGAUCCCCGCAAUCAGCAGCCGAAGAAGGAAAAGAGCAGAAGACCAGCAAAUACUGCUUUCCGUCAACAGCGACUGAAAGCAUGGCAACCGAUUCUGACGCCCAAGACCGUCCUUCCAUUAUUCUUCGCGAUCGCCAUCAUAUUCGCACCACUCGGGGGUUUGUUGUUAUACGCCAGUUCUCAGGUGCAGGAGAUCAUACUGGAUUACUCAAGAUGUCAUCUCGAUGCGCCUGACUACCCAGAGACGGCGCCGAUGCCCUCGGAUCUCGUUACGAUGCACUUUAAGACGAACUCAAGCAAUACAGAUAGACCAAGUGCUGCAACAUGGACCAAAAGACCCAUCAAUGCCACCUAUGGCAACGGCUCCGUCAUCCACGCGGUCGUGCCCACGACCCAAUGCACCCUUACCUUUACCAUUCCAAAUGCAUUGAAUCCGCCAGUUCUGUUCUACUAUCGCCUGACACACUUUUACCAGAACCACCGCAGAUACGCCAAGUCUUUCGACGUCGAUCAGUUGUCAGGGAAAGCUGUCUCGGCGAGCACAAUCCACAGCAGUGACUGCACACCCCUUACUACUACCCAAGUCGGCAACGUCAGCAAGCCCUACUACCCCUGCGGUGUGGCGGCUAACUCUGUCUUCAACGACACUUUCUCUUCCCCUGUCCUUUUGAACGUGCCAGGCCAACAAGUUGACAACCAAACCUACUACAUGAGGAACAGCUCUGGGAUCGCAUGGGAGAGUGACAAAGCACUGUACGGUCAAUCAGCGUACAACUGGGCAGAUGUCGCUGUGCCUCCGAACUGGGUCUUGAGAUAUCCGAAUAACUAUAGCGAUGAUUAUCAUCCUGACCUGGUCAAUGACGAGCAAUUCCAGGUCUGGAUGCGGUUGGCUGGUUUACCCACUUUCAGUAAACUGGCACAGAGAAACGAUACUGCGGUUAUGCAGGCAGGCACUUACAGUGUUGAUAUUAAUCACCAUUUCAAUGUCACCGAAUAUGGCGGCACAAAAUCCAUCAUUAUUAGCACCCGCACUGUUGUGGGCGGCAAGAAUCCUUUCCUCGGAAUCGCCUACGUAGUCGUAGCAGCAAUCUGCGUCGUGCUUGGAACCCUCUUCACCGUCACCCAUCUCAUCAGGCCCAGGAAAUUAGGCGACCACAAUUACUUGAGUUGGAACAAUGUGGGACCUACCACUGGAAUGACGACUGGACGCGAUGGUGUAUUGGUCGGGGAGGGACUACAGUGAUUAUAGACCUAGGUGGGGUAUAGAAGUGGACGUACCGGGGGGGGAAAAGAAAUAGGGGUGGGUUGGGGAUGUCGAAUGUACAGUAACGUUUUCCUUUCCCUCUUGCGUGCUUUAUAAAUUUCUUUUCUUUAUGUUGG